AUAAACACCAACCUUCAUUAAAUUGUAGUAGGCACUGAUUUUUAAGAAUAAUAAAAAUGAACUAUUUAGUGGUUAAUAUUUUUUUUAUUCUUCAAUAUCUAACAAUUUCAGUAAAUUCAUGUGCAUUCAAGUGCGGUGAUGUAUAUCAACUAAGUGUAUCUUAUAAUGAAAAUAAUUGUGGUGUGGAUGAUGAGGGCGCGGAAAAAUAUUGUGAUGACUUCGGCAAGUUCAUAGAUACGAUGAAACUAAAUAACACUAUGAAAAGAUUAUUAGAAUUGGCACAUAGGGAAUACCAAUCUGGAGAUUAUGAAAGUUCUGAAAGACACUGUAUGCAGCUCUGGCGUCAAGAACCUAAUAAUACUGGUGUAUUAUUACUUUUAUCAUCAAUUCAUUUCCAAUGCCGACGUUUAGAUAAAUCUGCCCAGUUUUCAUCAAUGGCUAUUAAACAUAAUCCGUUACUAGCUGAAGCUUAUAGUAAUCUAGGAAAUGUUUUCAAAGAACGCGGACAACUUCAAGAUGCACUUGAUAAUUAUCGUCAUGCUGUACGUUUGAAGCCAGAUUUCAUUGAUGGUUACAUAAAUUUAGCUGCUGCUCUAGUAGCUGCUGGUGAUAUGGAACAAGCAGUUCAAGCAUAUGUUACAGCAUUACAGUAUAACCCUGAAUUGUAUUGUGUUCGAAGCGAUCUUGGAAAUUUGUUGAAAGCAUUAGGCAGAUUGGACGAGGCUAAGUCAUGCUAUUUGAAAGCAAUUGAAACCAGACCAGACUUUGCUGUUGCUUGGAGCAAUCUAGGAUGUGUAUUCAACUCUCUGAAUGAAAUAUGGUUAGCUAUUCAUCAUUUUGAGAAAGCUGUGGCUUUGGAUCCAAACUUUUUGGAUGCAUACAUAAAUCUCGGGAACGUACUAAAAGAAUCAAGAAUAUUUGAUAGGUCUGUAUCUGCUUAUCUUCGGGCACUGGCAUUGAGCCCAACCAACGCUGUUGUGCAUGGGAAUUUGGCUUGUGUCUAUUAUGAACAGGGACUUAUCGAUUUAGCUAUUGAUACUUAUCGCCGUGCUAUAGAGCUACAACCCAACUUCCCCGAUGCCUAUUGCAAUUUGGCUAAUGCUUUAAAAGAAAAAGGACAGGUUGUAGAUGCUGAAGAAUGCUACAAUACAGCUUUGAAGUUAUGUCCAACACACGCAGAUUCUCUGAACAAUUUGGCCAAUAUAAAACGAGAACAAGGUUACAUAGAAGAGGCAACUGGUCUGUAUUUGAAAGCUCUGGAAGUUUUCCCCGAAUUUGCUGCCGCUCAUUCCAAUUUGGCUUCUGUUCUCCAGCAACAAGGCAAAUUAACCGAAGCCUUAAACCACUAUCAGGAAGCCAUUCGUAUUCAGCCUACGUUUGCAGAUGCCUACUCAAACAUGGGAAACACUCUCAAAGAGAUGCAAGAUAUACAGAAUGCUCUACAAUGUUAUUCAAGAGCGAUACAGAUUAACCCAGCAUUUGCCGAUGCUCACAGUAAUUUAGCUUCUAUUCACAAAGAUUCUGGAAAUAUACCAGAAGCUAUUGCGUCUUAUAGAACUGCUUUGAGACUAAAACCAGACUUUCCUGACGCUUAUUGCAAUCUUGCGCAUUGCUUACAAAUUGUGUGUGACUGGACUGAUUAUGAAUCUCGCAUGAAGAAAUUGGUUAGCAUUGUUGCUGAACAAUUAGAGAAAAACCGUCUGCCUUCUGUCCAUCCUCAUCAUUCUAUGCUGUACCCAUUAUCACACAACUUCCGAAAGGCAAUUGCCGGAAGACAUGCUGCACUGUGUUUGGAAAAAAUUCAAGUCUUGCAUAAACCUCCAUAUAACUAUACCAAAGAUUUGGCGCCUGGCAAUCGCUUACGUAUUGGAUACGUAUCAUCAGAUUUUGGAAAUCACCCUACUUCACAUUUAAUGCAAUCUAUACCAGGUCUCCACAACAAAGAAAAGGUUGAAAUAUUCUGUUAUGCUUUAUCAACAGAUGAUACUACUACGUUCAGAUCAAAAAUCGCUAGAGAAGCCGAACAUUUUAUUGAUUUAUCAAAUAUACCUUGUAAUGGAAAAGCUGCUGAUAAGAUAAAUAGUGACGGUAUUCACAUUUUAGUGAAUAUGAAUGGAUACACAAAAGGUGCAAGAAAUGAAAUAUUUGCACUGCGUCCUGCUCCAAUCCAAGUCAUGUGGCUUGGAUAUCCAGGCACGAGUGGUGCUCCCUUCAUGGACUACUUAAUUACUGAUAUGGUUACAUCACCUAUUGAACUUGCAUCACAGUACAGUGAGAAAUUGGCUUACAUGCCACAUACAUAUUUUGUCGGUGAUCACAGACAAAUGUUCCCUCACUUGAGUGAGCGAAUCAUUUUAUGUGAUAAAGUGACCUGCAGAAAAGAUAUGGCGGACAAUGUGGCCGUCAUAAAUGCUGCAGAUUUAUCGCCAAUUAUUGAAAAUACUAAUGUAACAGAAAUAAAACAAGUUAUCAUGUCUGAACUAACAGAUUCAAAGCAGACUAGACCCGUUGAGGUUAAUUUUAAAUUUGCUGAAUUGCCAACUACUACACCUAUUGAGACUAUGAUUGCUUCUGGACAAGCACAAACUUCAGUAAACGGAGUUGUAUUACAAAAUGGAUUAGCGGUCGUAGACAAUGGCAAUAACAAAGCAGCCACAGGAGAAGAAGUACCCCAAAAUAUUGUUAUUACUUCACGCCAGCAGUAUUCUUUGCCUGAAGACGCCGUGGUCUAUUGCAAUUUCAAUCAGUUGUACAAAAUAGAUCCAAACACUCUUCUUAUGUGGGUUAAUAUCUUAAAAGCUGUGCCCAAUUCUGUAUUAUGGUUGCUACGUUUCCCAGCAGUUGGUGAAACCCAUAUUCAGAGCACAGCUGCUAGUUUGGGCAUUGAACCAGGCCGUAUAUUGUUUAGUAAUGUUGCUGCUAAAGAAGAACAUGUACGUAGAGGACAAUUAGCUGAUGUAUGCUUAGACACUCCUCUCUGUAAUGGCCAUACUACCAGUAUGGACGUGCUAUGGACAGGCACACCAGUUGUUACCUUGCCAGGAGAGACAUUGGCUUCCAGAGUAGCUGCGUCACAAUUGGCAACGCUUGGAUGCCCUGAACUCAUUGCACGGACUAGAGAGGAAUAUCAAGACAUUGCUAUCAGACUAGGAACUGAUAAGGAAUAUCUGAAAACUAUGAGAGCAGAAGUCUGGCGAGCACGGUCUGAAAGUCCAUUGUUUAAUUGUUCAAUAUACACAAAUGGCCUGGAAAGGCUGUACAGAGCAAUGUGGGAUAAGUAUCACAAUGGUGAAAAGCCUGAUCAUAUACUUUCCCUAGAAAAUUAUUAAACAUUUU